CCGGGAUUGACGCAAAAAACAAACACUGGAUUUGUCGUGUAAUGUACUUUCUGGAGUACGAGCUACCUAUUGCAUGACGGAUUUCACUUUUUUAUAUACAAAUGCGCACUGCUGGGUUGUAGGGCGAGCAAUAUUCAACGAAACUAGAGCAGAGCUAUGGAGGUGAUACGUGAUGGAGAGGGGGACGGUGUCAAAUACAAGCCCGGCGGUCGCUUGGACAUGAGCCACGGGUUCCUGAAACACAUUAGGAGGAAUCAGAUCGCCAGGGAUGAUUAUGACAGAGAGGUGAAGCAGGCCAAGGAGAAACAGAAGCGCAGACACACCACCACCCCUCGGCGUCCGCGAAGACCCGACCGCCAGGUGUAUCACCCACGCCACCGGAAUGGAUCUGAAACUGGUGCGAAUGCAGAAGCAGAGGACUGGAAUGAGAGCAGCUCUGGCACAGAGCAGGAGAACACUGGCACAGAGCUGUUCUGGCUUGAUUAUCAAGCUGACAACGGGCAAAUAACAUCAUUCAUUGUUCACAAGGAGGACAAGCCAGAAGUUAUUGUGGAACGUGUGGCAGAAAAGAAUGUUCUGGACUCGGCCAUGAGGGCGGCGUUGUUGGCACGUGUGGGACAGGAAAUGGACAAGCGCUGUGACAAAUGCUGAGAAGAAGAGAGAGGCGUUUUUUAAUACAAGUGGAGAUUAAAGAGCAAGGCACUGAGACACCGCUGAGCCAGAACUAAACCUGAAAGGCACUUCUGUAGGGCGGCACCAAGCAUGCAGCAUUCAUAGAUGUCUUGGAGAUGCCAUGUAUCCUAAUAUGUGAAGUGUAGACUUCUUGAAAGAGAGUGGACUCUAACCUCAAGACAAAUGACACUGUUAAGCAUGAAACGGAUCUCGUUUGAUAUAAAAUAGUAUGUAUUUUGGUAAUAUACAGCAAACAGGACAUGAACUGUUCUUUCAACUGGAAACUGAAAUCCUUGUCAUUCCUCACUUCACACUUGGGAAAGACGUUGGACAAAUGUUGAGCGCUCUGGGGCGUUGUGCAGCUUAGCCGUGGCGCUUUUCACACCUGAGGUGACUUGCUGGCGCUCGUUUGUGAUGGGAUUUUAUAGCCGCGGGGUCUACAUUGCUUCACUAAGCCCCGUAAGUCAGAAUCUUACAGGCUGCCAGAUAAGAGUGUUUUUAUGUACAGUUUAGGCUUUAUCCUCACUGAAAUCAGGACAAUAAUGAAACCAGACAUCGAAUGCUUCCAGCCUGUUUAGUCUAAGCAAAGAUUUUAAGGAGUCAGCCUAUUGCUGUGAUGUUGAGGCUAGUGGAAAUAGCUGAGGAAGUUCAAACAAAGUUUAAAGAAUGCUAAUGAGGUCCUCAUUGCUCUGAUAUUUAUAUCCAUGCAUUUGGAUAUCUGCCUUUUCCUUUUACAUUCAUAAAUAUUUAUGUUGAUUAUAAAUAUCAUCUUUUCCUUUGUUGGUGCUUAUGAUGUUGUGCAAACAAAAAAGGACUGAUGUGUGUCUUUUUUUCUCUCUCUGUCCUUUUUCAUCUCUUCGUUGUACAGGUAGAUUUUUAUUUUUGUAAGCUGUGUUCUUGUUUAGAUUGUAGCAUGAAUUGCAGGAUGAAUUGUUCAUUCUGUCGUACAGACAGAUGAUGGCAGUGUGCACUAAUGUUUACAUCAUGUGCAGAAAUACAUUUUUCUUGAACUGCU